AUGCUAAUCGCCUUCCCUCUCACCUCCCUUCUCUGCUCCGUGCACUUGUUCCCCUCUUCUCCUCUCCUCCUGCCAGCUUCCCUCUGCCUACACCCCUCUGCCAGCACACCUACAGGCCGGCAGCAGCAGAAGGCAUGGAGGAGCAGUGGGCGCAGCGUGGCGAGCGGGAGAGGCGAGUGGUGGGAUGACGCACGGCCUGGGCUGGCCCUGCUGACCACUGCCCUCGCCCAACCUCCCGGCAGCACCAGCGCGACCGACCGUGGCGAUGCAAGGAGGCAAGGAGGCAAGGAGGCAAAGAGGCAAGGAGGCAAGGAGGCAAGGAGGCAAGGAGAGAGGCAAGGAGGAGGCAAGGAGGAGGCAAGGAGGCAAGGAGGCAAGGAGGAGGCAAGGAGGAGACAAGGAGGCAAGGAGGCAAGGAGGAGGCAAGGAGGAGGAAAGGAGGCAAGGAGGCAAGGAGGAGGCAAGGAGGAGACAAGGAGGCAAGGAGGCAAGGAGGAGGCAAGGAGGAGGCAAGGAGGAGGCAAGGAGGCAAGGAGGCAAGGAGGAGGCAAGAAGGAGGCAAGGAGGCAAGGAGGAGGCAAGGAGGCAAGAGGAGAAGCAGACGGCAGAGAGGAGGCUGCUGCACCUGGGGACGGCAGAGAGGAGGCUGCUGCACCUGGGGACGGCAGAGAGGAGGCUGCUGCACCCGUGGACGGCAGAGAGGAGGCUGCUGCACCUGGGGACGGCAGAGAGGAGGCUGCUGCACCUGGGGACGGCAGAGAGGAGGCUGCUGCACCUGGGGACGGCAGAGAGGAGGCUGCUGCAUCCGUGGACGGCAGAGAGGAGGCUGCUACACCUGUGGACGGCAGAGAGGAGGCUGCUGCACCCGUGGACGGCAGAGAGGAGGCUGCUGCACCCGCGGACGGCAGAGAGGAGGCUGCUGCACCCGUGGACGGCAGAGAGGAGGCUGCUGCACCCGCGGACGGCAGAGAGGAGGCUGCUGCACCCGCGGACGGCAGAGAGGAGGCUGCUGCACCUGUGGACGGCAGAGGGGAGGCUGCUGCACCCGUGGACGGCAGAGAGGAGGCUGCUGCACCUGGGGACGGCAGAGAGGAGGCUGCUGCACCUGGGGACGGCAGAGAGGAGGCUGCUGCACCUGUGGACGGCAGAGAGGAGGCUGCUGCACCCGUGGACGGCAGAGAGGAGGCUGCUGCACCCGUGGACGGCAGAGAGGAGGCUGCUGCACCCGUGGACGGCAGAGAGGAGGCUGCUGCACCCGCGGACGGCAGAGAGGAGGCUGCUGCACCCGCGGACGGCAGAGAGGAGGCUGCUGCACCUGUGGACGGCAGAGGGGAGGCUGCUGCACCUGGGGACGGCAGAGAGGAGGCUGCUGCACCUGGGGACGGCAGAGAGGAGGCUGCUGCACCUGGGGACGGCAGAGAGGAGGCUGCUGCACCUGUGGACGGCAGAGAGGAGGCUGCUGCACCUGUGGACGGCAGAGAGGAGGCUGCUGCACCUGUGGACGGCAGAGAGGAGGCUGCUGCACCUGUGGACGGCAGAGAGGAGGCUGCUGCACCUGGGGACGGCAGAGAGGAGGCUGCUGCACCUCUGGGUGGCUUCCCGGCUCUCCCAAACUCGUGGGUGCCUUUCCUACCUUGCCAAACUUGCCUCACUCUCGUCUUGUUGACUUGUCUGUCCGCCUUCACCCCUUCUGCCCUUACCCUUGCUGCCUUUGCCGUUGCUGCCUUCACCACAAGUGCUUGA